GACAUUUUUAACCUUUUAUUUUGAUUUUAGUAUAAACCACGAGGUUUUCUUUAAAUUCAGUUUAUUUUAUAAUUUAAAAUGAGUAAAAUUAAAAGCACGGAAGUUUUGUCGAUAGACACUUCCAAACAGAGAGAAGUAGUGAAAGAAAUCAAGCAAUUAAAGAAGCAACUUAAGGAAGGUACGAUUACUGCUAAAGAUAUAGAAAAAGAAAAGAAGUUAAAGGUCGAGCAACGCAGAGGUCUUAUAUUUAUAUCACAUUUACCGCACGGUUUUUACGAAGAAGAAUUAAAUAAAUAUUUCAAACAAUUCGGAAAAGUUACACACGUUCAAGUUUGUAGAUCGGGCCGAACCGGAAACAGUAAAGGAUACGGAUACGUCGAAUUCGAAAAUCCGGAUGUGGCUAAAAUCGCGGCAGAAACUAUGAAUAAUUAUUUGAUGUUCAAAAAAAGGAUUAUAGCAGAAUAUGUGCCUUACGAAAAACGACCUAAAGGUUUAUUUAGCGGUAAGCAUAAUACACCGACGAGGUAUUCAGUGAAAGUGAGAAGGGAAAAACAGUAUAGAGCAAAUUUGAAUUUAGACGAUCAGACUCAUAUAAAAAGGACGACUACUAGGUUAUCGAAAGUGAAUAAAAAGUUAGCUUGGUUGGAAAAAAUCGGGGUUAAACCCACGUAUACACCCAUAGACAUAGCUCUUAUCAAACAAGAAGGAAGUUCUAGUGAGGAAGUUGCGAAUACUCCGAGUAAAAAAACGAAAACCCCGAGUAAAAAAUCGAAAACUCCCAAAUCCAGGAUCGUUAAAAAAUCUUCGCAAAUUAAAAGUUCGAAAAAGAACGCGAAGAAAACCCAACCCCUAAACGCAGACACUGUUAAAAAAAUCGCUAGAGAAUUAAUCAGGAAACGCGGCAAAUCGUUGUUGACUCGACCUGUAGAUAAAACCAGUAAAACGACUAAAAAGAAAACUGCGAAAAAAUAAAAUUUAAUUUUUUAAAAUAAACUCUUUGAAGUAAAAAA